GAGUAAACGAGUGAGUGAGGGAGGGAAAGAGGGAGAGAGAGAGAGACGGCACGAGACGAGACAGAGGAGGGGAAGAGCAAGGCUGGAGAAUGAGGAGGCGCUCGAGCUGAGAUUAUGUGCACGAUUUGAGUCGUGAAUGAGAUUCCUUGUUUUUGUACUCGUGUGUGUUGGGUUCUUUGCACGGAGCCUUGCCUGCACCAGCUUUGGAAGGGCUCGCUUGUUGGUCGAAGGAGGUCGUUGUGAUGUUGUUGCACAGGGGUUUACGCAAGAGAGGAGAGUGCAGACACGUAGUUGUCGCGGUGAGAUAUUUGUGAUUUAGGGCUUGGAUAGGGACAGGAAGUUGGUAUAGUGGAGUGCCUUGUUCUCGAGGGUGGAGGUGCAAGGUUUGAGGUUUAUUGCCAGUGGAGCUUCCGAGUUUGCACAGCGAACAGCAGAUUUUGCACUACGGGAUCGGGGGUUCCGAGUUCAGAAGCGAAGCGCAAGGAGUUAUUGCGUUGUUUGUGCUAUUGAUGCAGAAUCCUGGUUUUAAUUAUCUACUGUCUGCAAGUUCUGGGCACUUGAGAUCCGAUGGUCGAGUUCAUUAUCUGAAACUAGACGCAUCGUGGCCCCGUGGUUUGCUUACGGCUUGGUCUAUCAGGUUUGGAGUCGAUUGAGGCUGGCUAAACAGUCGGCCCUCCAGUUCGCAAUGCGAUCGCUGUGUGGAAGUCCAUAUGUGAUUGGUGGCGUGUCGGAUGUUGAUCGACAAUCUCUGUACCUUGUGUAGAGUACUUACUUUCGCAUGAGACUCAUGUUCAUCCCCUGGGCUCACAAUGGGCAUGGUUUCUGUGUUUGGGUUCGGAGAAUGAUUGGUUUAGACGUUAAAUUUUGUGAUACAGGCUCUCUCCCGUUCACCUAAACUCUGCAUCUUUGUUCAGACAGUUUCAUUAGAUACUGGGAAAUGCUCAUGAGGCACUGGCUUCAGAUGGGAGCUUUUAUCGUGCACGAUACAUCGCAGACCAGCUUCUAUAAUCUUCCCGCGUAGAGUCCGUAACUCUCCAAGCCAGUUUUGCAGAGCUUUCAGGAGCCCGCAAAUGUUCAAUGGGGUGGUGAUGAGGCACAUCGGGUCUUAAUCGUCAUCGACGCGGGGAAAGAAUUGUCGUAUACAGCUGUGGAUUGGACUCUUGAUCACGUCCUUCAAAGUGGGGAUAUCUUAAAGCUUCUUGGUGUUAUGCAGCAGGUUUCUACUCCUAGUAAGGCGGGAUUUCAAGCGGGUCUUUCAAUACUGGGAUACAAAUCUUGGGCUGAAGAGAAGGGUUUGAAUCGCUCUGUUUUGGGUUCAGAAUUGCAGAGCAAAAAACAGGCUCUUCUAAGUAAUUUAGAUCUUCAUCUGAGAUGUCAGAAAUUAGGGGUGACGUUGGACAUUGAUGUUCAAAGUAGUCGUGAUAUCAGGUCUCUUGUCGUGGAGGUAGCGAAGAGUUUUGGGGCGCAUCAUGUUGUACUGGAAAGGAAUAUGAAGAAAGAUAAAAAAUAUUACAUCGACAACCUCACAUGCUACGUAACGCGUGUGAAGACCUUCGACUCCUGUCAACCACUGCGUCCUGGCCUGCACCCAGACAUGAUGGUGCGACCGAUUAGCCCUGUGAUCGGUUCUCAAAAUCCUGGUAUUUACCGUCAUCCCCAACAGCUUGCUACGGCAGCAGACAGCGAUCAAAUCAGUGCGCAGGACCAAGCCGAAGACAUUGAAAGUCAAGUUGCAUCCGACCAGGGCAGUACGGCAUAUAUCAAUCCAGUUAUGAGACAUGAUAUAAUUGCAGUGAGACAGUGGCUGGAGGAUCAAGGUAGUCCAGAGCUUGGUAUCUAUGCGCGGGAGGAAUCGCUGCAGCUUAGUGAGUCGCCAAUCUCAGAAAUUGAUAGUCCUUCUACAGAUGAUUCUUAUCCCGACCAAAGCAAAGGUCCAAACAACGAAGUGGGAAUAAUGUAUUCAUUGCAGCAUCAGACGACUCAGCAGGGGAUCUCAGAGGCAAUUCCCAAUUCAUGUACUUCACCAGCAUCAGACGACUCUCCCUCUUCUGUGACUCAAUCCACUGAACCACAACUGCCAUCAGCUAGACAUAUUGUAAGUCCCAAUCAUGCAGCAAGUAAUCCUGUUGCAGUCAUUUCGACUUCCACCUGUCCCAGAACAUCAGCAUUGGAACGAUCUGAUUCAUCGUCCCCGGCAGACUAUGAUCCUAGAAAUAGCAGUGGCGCACGACUAGGUCCUAUUUCUGUUCAACCUCGACGAGUUGAUGCAAGUUGGUCAUUACAAAAUCUGACGGAGUUAUUAAAUGGAGAUGUUGGGAGUUAUUUGUCUCCGCUGGGGAAAGCCAGAACCAAAGAAAUGGAGAGCGAUGUCGUGCCGGUCUCCGAACUAUUUUCACCCAAGGAAUCUAAGCAAGCAUUGUCUUCGACUCGGUUGAAUCCUGUGCAAUUAUCGAGUUCAAAAUAUUUGAACCCCGUGCAACCACUAGUUCCUCAGGAUGUUCGGAUGCCAGCUCAGAGAGUAACGGAUGGAUCAGCCGUUGUCAGACGACCAAUGUUUGCAAAGAAAACAGGUCCUCAAGCUCCCUUCCUUUGCACUAUUUGCAAGCAUAAGACCCCAGAAUUUGGCAAGGCAGUACGAAGAUUCUCUUACGACGAACUCCGUUACGCUACGGAUAAUUUUAAUCAUCACAAUUAUUUAGCUCAAGGUGGAUAUGGGUCCGUGUACAGAGGGAUUCUGCCGGAGGGACAGCUUAUUGCUGUUAAACAACACAAGAUUGCAACCUCGCAGGGUGAUGAAGAAUUUUGUGCUGAAGUGGAGGUUCUAAGUUGUGCACAGCAUCGUAAUCUUGUUACACUUAUUGGUUAUUGCGUGGAGAACCACAAACGGUUACUGGUCUACGAGUAUAUUUGUAACGGUUCACUAGACAGACAUCUUUCUGCAAAGAACAGGGAGUGUUUGCCUUGGAAAUACAGGCAGAAGAUUGCCCUUGGCUCAGCAAGAGCACUGCGGUACUUGCAUGAAGAAUGUCGAGUUGGCUGCAUCGUUCACCGUGAUAUGCGACCUAAUAAUAUUCUGCUCACUCAUGACUUUACGCCCAUGGUUGGAGAUUUUGGACUUGCUAGGCGGCAAAUGCAUGGGGACAUGGCGGAAGAGACCCGUGUGCUUGGUACUUUAGGGUACGUUGCACCCGAGUACGCUGAGACUGGUCAGAUUACGGAGAAGGCAGACGUUUACGCGUUUGGUGUAGUGUUGCUGGAGAUCUUGACAGGGCGUAAAGCAGUUAUUCAGCAGGGAGCUAAAGGCGGCGUUCUUUUAACAGACUGGGCAAGGCCGCUGCUGGAUAGAUCUGAUCUCGAAUUAAUAGACCCACGUCUCAGAGGAGCGGAAUAUGACAACAAUAUGUUCGAGAUGCACUGCAUGAUGCAUGCGGCCAGACAAUGCAUAAAGAAAGAUCCUGGAAUGCGGCCUCGUAUGGCUCAGGUCCUUCGAAUUCUGGACCCACAGCAAGACGGAACAGAAUCACUUCCUGGUCUUUCUGGCAUGGGAGUGAGGAAGAUUUCACCUGAGCAGCUACCCUUGUACACACCUCCUCCGGCUGUUACCCCAUCAAGACUAGCAGACCCUGGGAGACCAAAGUCUGUCCCUGCUGUAUCGGAUACUCUGAAUGAUUGUGCUCAUCCCUGGAACCCUGUGAGCAAGCCUUCACGCGGUCCUUUGGUUCGGAUAAAGAAACCAAGCAAAAGCAUGUUCUCAAAGGCAAGCAGAAGUGUGUCUGCUCCACGUCUCUCCUAUGAUGAGCAAAGGAAUCUUGAAGACGAGGAUGAGGGAUGUAGGGAUGGAGUGAUUCUCUCCUAUAACAGUAUGCUGGAAUUCGUGUGAAAAGAAAAAGAAAAAGAAACAUUGUAUAUCAGGAGUUCCUGAAGGUCUUAAAGACGGUAAAUGUGAAGGUUUUGAUGUAGAUGAGGGAUUGCUUGUCAUGAAAGUAAAUGAAGCUUAGACAGAUGUUUUGAUUGUGCAUUUAUUUGAGCCUCAUGGAAUUGGAGCUUAUAAUACAGUUUAGAUGUAGCCAAUUGUAAUCCUUUGCCAAAAUCACACUAAAAUGCAUUUGCAUUUUUUUAGAGGGGGACUGUAGCACGUUUUGGGCAACAUCUGGCCAGUAGCCCCACCAGGUGCCAAGGUGAUUUAAUGUCCCCCUAUAUCCAUACUUUUAAUCCUAACCCAUAGAUUUUAAAUUUCAUUACAUAAAUCUUAAUCUCGAGCUCCAA